AUGGAAAGAAAGGAUAAGGAGCGAAGGUCAUCGAUACUAAAACCACAGCAGCCUGUAAAUAAUGAGAAUGGCGAGUUGUCAACGACAAUAACAUCCACAGCAAAGAGACGUGUCAGCUUUCAUACUGUUCGGAUUGUUCAGGAGUUUGAUGCGGAAUGUAGUGAGAUCAUACAUUCUCCUCAUAACGAACCUAUGAAAUUGUACGAUACAACAAGUUCGGAUGGUUUAACCUCGGACCAAGUGUCUGGCUGUGAAUCAAAAGAUGGAUGUGCAGCAGAAAAGAACACAAAUAAACUUAACCACACAUUAGAAAAUUUCAUGCCAGUAACAACAUCUACACCGCUUCUUCGCUUAAAAGGCCUCAGUGAUUUAAGCGAUAAUUCGACUCAUGCAGAUGGCGAUGCUAACGGUGAUAUGAUUUAUGCUUUUAUGCUCAAACUUUGCUAUGCCGAAAUAUGCAAUCCAACACAAUCUCAUGACAUCACAAGAAAAGAGGAAACAAAUGAUGCAUUGGAGCACAUUCUGGAAGAAACGAUUCAGAAUGAAAAACUGGAUGUUCUGGAUGUAGAAUCAAUGGAUGUGAGCAAUUCAGAUCAUCUUUCCCCAGUAACGGCUGACGCCACCAGAAAGCUGUUCGGACAGUCUGCUGUCUUCCGACAUUUUAACAGUCCAAAUCAGCAGUCAGGCGUGUACGAUGAAACUUUAGCAUCAAAUGCAACACGAUUGAUUUUCAAAGCUGGCGAAAGCAAUAGACGUCAAAGUGAAGUCACAAAUGAUGAAUUGAAAGUGGAUACUGAAAAACCGUCUGUGAUUCCCUCAUAUGCAGGCACUGCUGAUAUGGACAUUUCUUCUGGCGAUGGUCAAAUAUUCGAGGUAGCAACAGAUGUUUCCUCCAAGCAAAUAACAGCUGCAUCCGACGUUGCCGAUGAAUCAACAAACAUUUUGUUUAGGACAAGCAGUGUGGGAAAAGAUGCAGAAAGAUCAAAUCAUAAAGUGGAUUCAAAAAGUAUCGUUAUGGUCGAUGACACUCAGACUUUAAACGGCAUUUCUUCAAACAUAGAAUCAAUGACUCCACAGGUCAAUGUUGCAUGUGAUCUGCCAAUGAAGUCUGCUCAUAAUACUGAUCAAGUUGCACAUUCUGCUGAUGAUAUUGUUUUGGAACUUUCUUCACAACUUAAUCGUCAACAUAUAUCCAGUGAGUUUCUUCCGUCGGUUCGGAAAACAGCACUUCAAUCACCGGCUGCUUUGCCAAAGAAGAAAAUUCGUUUAUUCAGUCCAAAAGUCAUUCUUCCGCCGAAAACAAGCACAUUACUGUUUGGGUCACCAAGAGUUGGUGCUGCGAAGAUUGCUUCAAGCCCUGUUGAGAAAGCUGGCCUGGUAAAUACUCCCGAAAAUGCAGCAAGCAUUGAUAAGUCUACUGAUAAGGUUUUAACUGAAAUCAAACAUCGACUGCGUCGUAGCUUAAAUCACUCUGGAAUAUUCACUUUGUCGGAACUUUCUGCUGCUGAUAAUGUGGGUAUGUUGUAUGAUAUCCCUAUGCCAGAACCAUUGCUUCACUCGGACGAACUCGACGAUCAAGUUUCAACAGCGGAAUCUUUCGAUGCCGAAGUACAUACAGCUAUUGAGCAAUCCUAUGUUGAAUCGUCAUCGCUGUCAUCGCGUCAUUCUGAAAUUAUCACAGCUGCUUUGGGGAAUGAGUCAAGUUUCCUAACCAGUCGUGUUGAUACUGUGGGAUUCAAUAUCAAUUUUCGGACAAUACCAUGUUUACGAAUUAAGCCAAAUGACCAACCGCAAAUUGUGGAACUCAAGCAGUUGGCAACGACAAAUUUGCGUAAACGUAUUGCCGAAGUUGUUGAUAGAUGUAAAGGUCUGAUCAGCACGGAGCUUCCAAAUUGCGACAAUAAAAAAAUCGCCGAAUGUAUAAGAACGUUAAAUCCCAGAAAACUAUCAAAAAAAGAAGCAAUUUGGUUUGAUGUAUGUUAUCUAAUGGCGCAACGAGAGUGGUUCGUAUUAAGAGCUAAAUUAGCCAAACUGACAAAUGAAAAGUUGGAUGAACUAUUGCUUGAGACGAAAGCUGAAUCAGACCAAAAAAAGCAGUUAGCACAAUGUGUGGAAGAUUAUCAACGAAAUUAUUGUGAAGUAAUGCAGCAUUAUGCUCAAUUGAAAUCGCUAGAUGAAGCUGUCGAUAAUGAGGUACAAAAUGAGAUGAAACUUGACGAGUUGACACAAGCGAAACGUGUUGGACGUUUAGAAAUUGUACAGAAGGAAUUGGAACUUACCAAGAAACAGGGCGCAUAUGUAAAAGUUCUGCUAAAAGAAUAUGAUAGAACGAAGUCUGCUAUGGAAGCGCAAAUGGCAAAGAAAAUUGCACAACAAGCAGAAUUUUUACGAAAAUAUGACGAAGAUAUUGCUGAGUAUCGCGAAUUGUUAACUGGGAAACAACAGAAAGAUUGA